AUGCAGCAAUUAGAAGAAGUAAUUGAUAAAUUCAGUGAUCUUACUGCAAAACCAGUAAAUUAUUUAACAGUUCAAAAUGACAUCAGGGAUAAUAUUAAAGAUUUGGUUAAAACCCUGUAUGACUUCACAAAGUCUCAGGAAACGAAAAAUAAGAAGAAAAAUAAGCUCAAAGGUAUCGCUUUACCGAAAAUGAUUGUUGAUGAGUUCGACGAGGAACAAAUAUGGCAACAAAUCGAAUUACAGAACACUGAGUGUUGGGACCAUUUAAUCUGGGAAGUUGCCAAUUGCAUUUCCAACAAAAAUGACUUAAAGUUCCCUAUGGAAAUUGUAGCAGAAGAAAAUGAAGUCACACAUGAAACAUCUUAUGAAACGGAAGAAGAAAAUUCAUCAUCAGAGACAAAUAUAGCACCCAUUUCUAAGAAGUCCAUAGUCAAAAGUAGUACUAAGCCUCAUAAAUCAUCAAUUGUUGAUGACAAAUUCUUUAAAUUGCAAGAUAUGGAGCAAUUUUUAAUAAGUGAAGAAAAAAUGGAGGAAAAGGGAAAAGGUAGAGAUGAAGAUGAAGAAUCUAUUGAUUUAUUUGAAGAUAUAGAUGAUGAGGAUUCAGAAGGUGAUCAAGACAUGAUGUAUAAAGACUUCUUCAAUGAUGAAGGCAAUGAUGAACUUAUUGAAGAAAAUGGAAGGGAAGUUGAGGAUACUGCAGACUUAGAACAAAAUUAUUUUGAUAAUGAAUUGAAUUUACCAGGCUCUUGUGAAGAGCCACAAGAUUCUAAGUCUAAUAAAACAGAUAAAAAGGUUAGAUUUGCCGAUUUACAACCAGACAGUGAAUCUGAAAGUGAUUCAGAUGAUAGUAUUGUAGAAAUGCAGGACAAAGAUGUUGUUAAGGAUGAAAAGAAAUCUGAGUUUGAGCAAAGACAACAAAGGCUCAAACAGCAAAUUGCAAGACUGGAAGAAAAAACCUUAAAAGAAGCUCCUUGGCAGCUUAAGGGAGAAGUAGAUGCAACAAAACGGCCACAAAAUUCAUUGCUAGAAGAAGUUGUUGAUUUUGAUCUAACUACACGACCAGCACCAAUUAUAACGGAACAAACAACAAUAACAUUAGAAGGUCUUAUUAGACAAAGAAUUAAGGAUAAGGCUUGGGAUGAUGUUGAAAAGAAGGAGAAGCCUAUUGAUGACCAAUUGUUAUUCAAGAAACCAGAAAUUUUAGAUCAUUCUAAAAGUAAACUCAGUUUAGCGCAAGUAUAUGAAGCUGAAUAUUUAAAGCAGAAGCAAGCAAUGUCAGGUGAAAAACUAGAUGAAGAAGAACCCGAGAGUCAUAAAGAUGUUCGUGAGUCGAUGUCAAAGUUGUUUUCAAAGCUUGAUGCUUUAUGCCACUAUCAUUACACUCCUAAACCACCGCAAGCUGAAGUCAAAAUUGUCAGUAAUACCCCAGCUAUUUCGAUGGAAGAAGUUGCACCACUUGCUACUAGUGAUGCAGCUCUUUUAGCUCCAGAAGAGGUAAAGAAAAAGCAAAAGGGAGAUCUAAUGAGCAAAGAGGAAAGAACGCAGACAGACAAGAACAGAGAGAGAAGGAAAAAGAAAAAGAUGCAGCAAAAGAAGGGUCACGUACAGAAAGUAACGGAUAAUAGGAAUACAAAGAAAGGUGUUGAGGCUAAUGAUAAAUCAUUAAAGACAUCCAAAGCUUUCUUCCAGCAGUUGAAUGAUGAAGCGAAGAGCCUGAUUAAAAAGAAAAGGAAAUAA